AUGGAGGGCUGCGCUGAGGAGAGCGACGGAGCCACCCCGACCGCGAUCACGGCGGCACAACGCGUCUUAGAUGCACUGGAGAGAGUGCGGGCGGACUUCAUCAUUCGCGCGACAGUGAUGGUAUCCCUCGCGAACAACAUCCACCCUUUCGUCCCGCUCUGGUCCAGGGCCGUGCCAUUCGAAGACCCUCACGCCAACACCCCCACACAAUCGUCUCCCCGUCUCCCUCCGGAGAUCUGGGACAUGAUCAUCCGAUGCCUCAGUCCGUACUUGGACGCAACGACACUUCUUCACUGCGUCCUCGUCUCCCACGGUUGGCUGCCUGCAAGUAGGGAUGUCCUUCGCCAGUCCACUUGCCAGACACUCAAAAUCAAGGAAGCCAAUGUAUUGUUCGCCAGUGACGCUCCUACGUCACCGCCGGCUUCAUCUCUGCGACUCAAGGUACUCUCGGUGGCGGUAGAUAGCGAGGGAGAGAGCCGCUCGUCAUCCUGGAACACACUGCUCGCCUGCAUGGCUAAACGCGUCCCCACCCUUCGGAUCUUCCACAUGUCUGGUCUCGCCUUUGACUCUAGGAUUCAAGCACAACACGCAGCUGCGUGUCUCUCAGCCUUCACCCAUCUAACAACGCUGGAGCUAUCGGACAGCAAAUUUCCGUCGUUCACGCUCUUCCGUCGUACAUUGGCUGCGCUCCCCAGGUUGAGCAGUCUCACCACGAAGGACGUUUCCUUCCCCAUAUAUCCUGUCGACACCACAGCAAUAUUGCGCCCAUCUUCACGACCACUUCUGCAACACCUCAAGAUCCAGGGAGCGGAGAGUGAUUGUGGUCACAUCCUGUUACACUACCUCGCAAGCACUCCCUCAUGCACUUCCCUCAGGACCUUUGAUUUCCAUUUGUUUGAUCCACCAACUUCGAGUCCGUUCGCAUUGGUUCUGCGCACGGCUGCCCUUUCAAAACUGCUGCCUUUCGUCAAAAACCUCUACUUUGGACAUCCCUCUCACGCCGACCCAUCGUUCCUGUCUAGCUUGCUGUCUAGCUUGCGAAAUAUGGAAGAUGUCAGCCUCGAUUUUCCAGCAGCCACGACCGAGACUCUCCUUGCGAUCGCGGACGGAAUAGUGCGAGCGAACAGCACCCAUCUGUGCCGCAUCGGUUUGUCCUUGCCCCUCGUCGCCCUAACGAGCGCAUCGGGCGCGGACAUCGCCAAACUCGCAGCGCUCACUUCCGGUGCUGCAUUCGAAUGCGUAGAGCGUGCGUAUUUCUAUUUAAGAACGGAGAACCCAGAGUCGGAGGAAGACGUCGUCAUGGAACCCGAGGCCGCGGACGCAUUGGGGACGCACGUGGCGGAGAUCGUGGCCAGCGCGUGGCCUCCCAGCAGUAGACAGGCGGACAACCUGCCCGGACGACGGAGGACGCUGCUCGCGGCGACGUGA